CAGGUAGGUAGAUAUGGAUUCGGCAUUGAUCCAACAAGCACUAUUACCGAUUUGCCCUCCGAUGGUUUCUCUUUCUCUCUCCAUGUCAGGCGAUAAGAAAAUCUGUUUCGUCUCUUUCGAACUUGAACCUAACAAAAACCCAAAUACACGAAAUUAGUUUUUUUUGGGGUGGGGGUGAUGAACCGGUGAUGAUUUUAAAACCUGGUUAGUUACCAACUGCCUACCAGAACAGUGGCAUUCUUGAUAUUAAACCAAAUCAAAAGGGGGCUUUCAAUCUCUUCGGCUCUCUCCCUCCCUCCCCUGUUUUCCGCUCCGGGAUGCUUCUUCUUAACCAUCAUUGUCUGGUUCUUGCUUAGGGUUUUUCCGAGCUCUCAUUCGCAGACUGCAAUGGUGGAUUCACCAACCACCCCAACCCAACCGUCUUCAGCAUCAUCAUUCACCAAAGCAGAGCUCAAGACCACCUCUUUCUCCUUUUUCUUCUUCUUCUUCACCUCUAGCAAGAAGAAGACAACCGCCUUCGCUUAUGGUUUUAUGUUUGCUUUCCUUGCUUUUACAAUCUUCUUAGUCUUUUACCCUCCUUGGUACUCUUCUCCUCCCUUCAAGAAAAUCUUUCAUUCUUCCCCUUCUUCCUCUUACAGGUCCCAUUUCUCCUCCAUUUUUUCCCACCUUCUGCCCAACUCUUCCCACCAAGGUAUCCUCCGGACCCAUGAUGCAUUUAACACAACUUUCCAGCUUUCCCGGAAAAACCCAUUUCCCGGGAAAAUAGAAGGCAUUGAUGGUAGCAGUGAAUCUUUGUCUGGCGCGGAUAGAAAUGGGAGUUCCAACGGUUCUCUAUCUUCUUUUCCUGAUGUUCCUCGGUUUUCACAGGGAAAUGGAAACCUCAAGGGUAAUAAUACUCUAUCUGCUUCUUCUCCUUCUGUUCAUGUCCCAAUUCUUUCAUUGUCCCAAGAGUCCAAUCAGACAGAAAAUUGGAAUAGGAGCUCUAAAUCAUCUUUGAAAGACACUCACUCUGGAAAGAAUAUUUUAGGAUUGGAAAAUAAUGAACAAGAUGGUUUCAGAAAGAACAGUGUGUCUUUGGGUGAAAAGCAGGGAAAGCAGAGAGAACCUGAAUUGAUGAAUGCUUGUGACAUAUUUGAUGGAAUGUGGGUGAGAGAUGAUGCUAAUUACCCACUAUACCCUCCGGGGUCUUGUCCUCACAUUGAUCAGUCUUUCAAUUGUUUUCUCAACAAUAGGCCUGACAAUGGGUAUGAGAAGUAUAGAUGGCAACCCAAAGGGUGCAACAUCCCAAGGUUGAAUGGUCUGGACAUGUUGGAAUUGUUGAGAGGAAAACGCCUAGUUUUUGUUGGCGAUUCUCUCAACAGGAACAUGUGGGAAUCUCUGGUUUGUGUUCUAAGAAAUUCGGUGGAAGAUUCAAGCAGAGUUUUUGAAGCCUCUGGAAGGCGUGAAUUUCGAACAGAGGAUUCUUACUCUUUUAUAUUCAAAGAUUACAAUUGUUCUGUUGAGUUCUUCCGAUCACCAUUUCUAGUUCAAGAAUGGGAAAUCCCUAACAUGGGUGGAUCAAAAAAGGAAACUCUUCGCCUUGAUGUUACUGAGAGAUCCUUGGAUAAAUACAUAAGCGCAGAUAUUCUGGUCUUCAACACAGGGCACUGGUGGACUCAUGAAAAAACUGCCAAGGGGAAAGGUUACUAUCAAGAAGGUAACCAUGUCUAUGGUGAGCUGAAUGUCAAAGUGGCAUUCAGGAAAGCUUUGACUACUUGGGCAAGAUGGGUGGAUGCUAAUAUAGAUCCUAGGAAAACCCUUGUUUUCUUCAGGGGAUAUUCUUCUUCCCACUUUAGAGCUGGAAGAUGGAAUUCUGGUGGACAAUGCGAUGGAGAGAUAGAGCCAAUUAUGAACAAGGCAUAUUUGGGUAAAUAUCCAGCGAAAAUGAGAAUUUUGGAAUCUAUAAUCAAGGGGAUGAAGACGCCCGUGUUCUAUCUAAACAUUACAAGAAUGACUGAAUUUAGAAAGGAUGCUCAUCCUUCCUUUUACAGAAAGAAGAAUUUAACUGAGGAGGAGAAAAAAUUGCAAAUGAGGCACCAGGAUUGCAGUCAUUGGUGCCUCCCCGGUGUUCCUGAUACAUGGAAUGAGCUUUUAUAUGCUCAGCUCCUCGUACUGCAACAAAAGCAGCAGCGUUAAGAACAGGGACUAUAGUUGCAAGUGAAAGAAAAAAAUGAGAAACACAUUUUAGGCCUUGUUAAAAGUAAAUUUUUUUGAUAAGAACAGUUAAUUAGUAUUCUUUUAGUGGAAGGUAAUCUGACGAAGAAAAUCCACAAAGCAUUUUCUUUUAAUAGAAGGGAAGGAGAAGAAAUAAGGUGUAGUUUGGUCAAGGGUGGCAAUGAGCUGUAAUGAACUGAAAUUGUUUAUAAAAUGUAAUUGGCUUGUAUACUGUAAAGUCAAAAUUGAAGUUGUCAUUCAAAGAAUGAAAAUGAUAUGAUAUGUUUAGUAAUCAUUCUGAUA